GGUCAAUCGACGUCAAUCACUUGGUUCACCACAGUCACAACGCUUCAGUACUGAGUACCGCUACAAUGGCACCAGCUCUUACACCAGGAGGUACGCAAGCGAGCUAGCCUUUUGUACAGCUAACUCAUACUUUGUCAAGCUCAGAGCCUCGCAAAGCUCCAAAACCCGAGCCAUUAGGGAGCAUUCCUUUCAUCUUCCUCUUCACAAUGUGUGCACUGUGCAUUGUCUUCAUCCUCUGGAGGCGGGCUUCGACUUUGCGGAAGGUGGUGGCACAUCGGUAUGCUCGAUCUAUCUGCAUAUACCUCGAGUGGCGACUGAGCGGUCAUGUACUUAGGCUGAACACCUGGACGCAGAAGCAGGGCACUAUCCGUCUCUCUGAAGACGACGGCCCCCCGGCGAUCGAAUUCUAUCCAAUGAUUUUGAUGAGGAUAAUCAAAGGAUUGAAGACGACGAGCCGCUUGCCGUGACGGCAGAACGCAUGAAGGUCGCGAACCACGAUA